GACAGAGUUCAUCCUGCUGUGGUCUGUGCCUACCUUCAUCCUCUUUUUGACUUCCAUCUGUUCCACAACUUCAGCUCGAGACUUAACGAUACACAUUCUUCCUAUUUUUAUUCUUGAAUUCUUUUCACGCGCACCAUGCUAGCAUUUACUCCGUCCUUCAUUACACUGGGCGUGCUUUUGAUCUCGUUUGUGGCGUCGCAAACGUCUCCAAGCUCUACGACAGACUCGGACCGACUAAACUUCACCAAUGGUUUCUACUCUGAAACUAUCGAAAACAGCAACAGCACCAUCAUGAGUAGCACCAUGAGCUACGCUAACACCAAUGGUACCACCACGCCUUGGACGGCUCAGGAAGGUAACAAAUCUGAAGGCACAUCUUAUGAAACCACACCUGCACCCAUGACCACUUCCUACAUCUACUCCACCAAAAUGAAGGAAAAUCAGAAGGACAAAAAUACCACCACAGCAAAGCCUUACACUACCAAACGCUACGACAGCACUGCCAUCAUCAUCCUCGUUUUGAUCAUCGUGGUCGCCAUCGGAUUCGGUAUCGCUUGCUACAUCUCGAAGAGGCGAGGAAGGCGCUACGCUGUCGACUUCUCCACGAGGGCGGAUGAAGCCAACAUCCCUCUGAGCACCGGGGAACCCGUGUCAGCCAAUGAUAGCGCGCCACACAACGGUUUGCAGACGUUUGAAAGUGGAGACAAGCGAUCGAAAGAAGAAGAAAAAGAAGAAGCAGCAGCAAAAACUGUGGAGGAAGAUGAGCCAAAGGCUGAAGCUGAGUCUGCAUCUCCACCUGCAGACGAUCUACAGAACAAAGCCGAAGACGCCGAGCCAGUGAAAUCCGACGAACCAGACCAACAAAUCUCCCACGGGACCGCUGAGGCGAGUCCGAAGAACGAGAACAAUAGCAACAAUGCCGACGUGAUGGAGAGGAAAGGUCGCAUGUCUGAUACUCAUGGAACUGUCAAAUCAAAUGCCGUCACCUUAUCGUGGUGGAGUGCUUUGUGUGUCCCAAUGAUCCCAGGAGCUAAGUUGUCUGGGGCUUUAUGCCCCUGGCAGGAUCACCCAUGCCAAACAGGUCCAAGGUGGGGGACCGGACAAAGCACGGCUCCAAAGACCCCGAUGAUGAGAAAAAUUAUUGGAUCGCGUUUUCCCUUGUCCAGACGUGGGUCCCUGGGGCCCCCCUCUGGAGCCAGGCGUGGAGGUGGGGCUCGAAGGCGAGCGCCUGGUGGCCGGACCUGCACCCAUGGAGCCCGGCCGGGCACAUCCCGAAAGGGUAACGUGGGUCCCCCUUCCCAUGGGCCCACCACCUGUCGGAGGGGCCAUAGGGGUCGGGUGCAUUGUGAGCUGGGCAGUGACCGAAGGCAGGGACCUUGGCGAUGCGAUCCCCGGCUACAGAAGCUGGCUCUAGGCACGUGGAACGUCACCUCGCUGGCAGGGAAGGAGCCCGAGCUGGUGUGCGAGGUCGAGAACUUCCGACUAGAUAUAGUCGGGUUCGCCUCCACACACAGCUUGGGCUCUGGUACCAGUCCUCUCAAGAGGGGUUGGACUCUCUCCCACUCUGGAGUUGCCAAAUAUUGCCCGCUGGCUCGGCGCCCGUACAUUGGGGUUCACCCCAGUGGACGAGAGGGUAGCCUCCCUCCGCCUUUGGGUGGUGGGACGGGUCCUGGCUGUUGUUUGUGCCUAUGCAUGUCUUGGACACUCGGGUGAAGAGAGGGGCGGAGCUGUCAACUGAUCAUCACCUGCUGAUUUCAAAUCGCCUGCCAUCUUUUGGGAGAUUUCACUCGACGGCCAGGUGUGAGAAAUUACCCCACCCCCAGUCGCUGUGCCGAUCUUCAUAAAACACGAUUAAGAGACAAAUGACUUCAGAAACGAAGAAAUGCAUUUGUGGUAAUAAUUAAUCCAAGGUAGCUAAAAAGUUAAAUAUUUGAAAGUGUUAUAAAUGACUCACUUAACAUCAGUGUCAGCUUUACGCUUUUUCAUAAAUGUAUGAAACAGUGUAGUAAUAGUAACACAUGACAUUGUAACAUGUAAAAAAUUUAAAAAAAAGAUUAAAAAUGCUGUUUUUUUUGUAUAAUAUUAUUUUGCUGAAUUUUUGUCAGAUAUUCCAAAAAGGAGGUUAUACAAUAUUAAUUUUGUUUGCUUAUUGUCAUUAUUGUUAUAAUGUUUUUGUUUUAAUUGUUUAUCUUGAAUUGUUUUUAUUUCUUAAAGUUUGGUUCUUAUCUGUGUACAGCACUUUGUUUUUAUCUGUGUUUGUAUUUGCAGUGCUUUAUAAAUAAAGUUGAGUUUAGUUGAGUUAUAAUGCUGUACAGUAUUUUGUCGCUGUCCAAUAAAAAAACAUGAAACUCAAA